AAAGGGGAAAUACAUCUGGAUGGGGACGCUGUGCCCAGCGUGCGGCGCUACCUGAGGAAGGCUGACGGAGCGCUGCCCCCGCAGCUCCAGUAUUCGGUCGCUGUGGAUGGAGGGGAGGCAAAGGCAAAAGUGGAAUUGCAGGUACUGCUGCCUCAUAUGUAUCCUCAUGUAGCUCCUCAGCUUUUUGCAAGGUCAGAUGCACUGCACAGACAGCAACAGCUGCAGCUCAACACUGGUCUCGCUUCUCACAUCAGCUCUUUGGCUUCAGGUGAACUGUGUGUGUAUGAAGCUGUGCAGUGGGUGAAAGAAAACAGCCUGUCGUACCUGGAAAACAGUAAGAUUUCUUCUGGAAGUGCUUCAGAAGAAGUCAGAGUUCAAGAAACAUUGCAUCGCAUGUGGAUCUAUAGCCAUCAUAUAUAUAGGCAGGAACUGAGGAAAAAGAUUUUUGAUUGUGCAAAGAAGUUAAAUCUGACUGGCUUCUGCCUGACAGGGAAACCCGGCGUCAUCUGCGUGGAGGGACUCAGAGAAAACUGUGAAGAGUUUUGGCGUGUUAUUAGAUAUCCCAACUGGAAGCAUAUUUCAUGCAAGCACGUGGAGAAUAUAGAAACGGAGGGAAGCAUCGAUAAUCUUCGUCUCUUUCAUGCUUUUGAAGACCUACAGUUUCAAGCACAUGGUGAUUAUGGCCUGAGGAAUGACUAUCACAUGGAUCUUGGCCAGUUCCUAGAAUUCCUGAAACAACAUCAAAGUGGACAUAUUUUUCAGAUUUUAUUUGGUGUCGAAGGCAAACUUCCAGACAAAUAA